AUGCCAGCGGAAAAAUCAAUAUACGAUCCCAACCCGGCCAUCAGCCAAAAUGCCUACAUAUCCAGCUUCGAGGAGUACCAGAAGUUCUACCAGGAGUCGCUGGACAAUCCGGCCGAGUUCUGGUCCCGCGUGGCCAAGCAGUUCCACUGGGAAACGCCCGCAGAUCCGGAGAAGUUCCUCAAGUACAACUUCAACAUCUCGAAGGGACCCAUUUCGAUCAAAUGGAUGGAGGGUGCCUCCACUAAUCUGUGCUACAAUCUCCUAGAUCGCAACGUAAGGAACGGCCUGGGCGACCAGAUAGCCUACUACUGGGAGGGCAACCACCCCGACGAUUAUUCCCGGGGUCUCACCUAUCGCAAGUUGCUGGAGGAGGUGUGCCGCUUCGCCAACGUGCUGAAGGAUCAUGGCAUUCGAAAGGGCGAUCGUGUAUCCAUUUACAUGCCCAUGAUUCUGGAGCUGCCCAUCGCGAUGCUGGCCUGCGCCCGCAUUGGAGCCGUGCACUCGAUCGUUUUCGCCGGAUUCUCACCGGACUCGCUGGCGGAGCGGAUGUUCGAUUGCAAGGCCAAGCUGCUGAUUACGGCGGAUGGAGGCUGGCGUGGAGAGAAACCCCUGUACCUGAAGGCUCUGUGCGACACGGCCUUGGAGAAGGUCGAGGAGAUGGGACACUCCGUGGAGAAGUGCAUCGUGGUGUCGCACUUGAAGCGCGUGACUCCGUGCCAGCCGGGUCAUGUCGAGGAGGAAAUCCCAUGGACCGAUGACCGCGAUUACUGGUGGCACGAGGAGAUGGAGGACAAGGAGCCAGCCUGCUAUCCCGAGUGGAUGGACGCCGAGGAUCCGCUGUUCAUGCUCUACACCAGUGGCUCCACUGGCAAGCCCAAGGGAGUGCUCCACACGACCGCCGGAUAUCUGCUGUAUGCGGCUACGACCUUCAAGAUCGUAUUUGACUAUAAGCCAGGGGAUAUCUACUGGUGCACCGCCGAUGUUGGCUGGAUCACGGGCCACACCUACGUCGUGUACGGACCAUUGGCCAAUGGGGCCACUUCAGUGAUUUUCGAGGGCACACCAUUCUUCCCUGGAAACGAUCGGUACUGGAGUGUCAUUGACAAAUAUAAGGUAACGCAGUUCUACACAGCUCCCACGGCGAUUCGUGCCCUCAUGAAGUUCGGAGAGGAUCCCGUUCUGAAGCACAACCUGAGCGGACUCAAAGUUUUGGGCAGCGUGGGUGAGCCCAUCAACCCGGAGGCCUGGCUCUGGUAUUACAAGUACAUUGGAAAGGAGCAGUGCUCCAUUGUGGACACCUUUUGGCAAACGGAAACCGGUGGUCAUGUCAUUACACCUCUGCCUGGAGCGACUCCCAUGAAGCCGGGAUCUGCUUCAUUCCCCUUCUUUGGAGUGAAGCCCACUUUGCUGGAUGAGUGCGGCAUUGAAAUUAAGGGGGAGGGAGAGGGCUACUUGGUCUUCUCGCAACCUUGGCCGGGAAUGAUGCGCACCUUGUAUAACAACCAUGAACGUUUCGAGGACACUUACUUCUCCAAGUUCCCAGGGUACUACUGCACUGGCGAUGGAGCCCGUCGCGAUGCUGAUGGCUAUUUGUGGAUCACUGGCCGUGUGGACGACAUGUUAAACGUGUCCGGUCAUCUAAUGUCCACCGCCGAGGUUGAGUCGGUUCUCACAGAGCAUCCUCGCGUGGCUGAGUCCGCCGUGGUUUCCCGUCCGCAUCCCGUCAAGGGCGAGUGUCUCUACUGCUUCAUUACGCCGAACGAGAACGAGUUAUUCGACCAGAAACUAAUUUCGGACCUGAAGAAGAUGGUGCGAGAACGUAUCGGACCUUUUGCUAUGCCGGAUGUCAUUCAAAAUGCUCCCGGACUGCCUAAAACUCGUUCCGGCAAGAUUAUGCGUCGUGUGCUGCGCAAGAUCGCGGUUAACGAUCGCAACGUGGGCGACACAUCUACCUUGGCCGAUGAGCAAAUUGUGGAGCAACUGUUCGCCAACCGGCCAGUGGAGGCCAAGUAGAUGGUAGCUGUUGGACCAAAUGGCAGCAGCCAGGAUCCCUUCACCCAAGGCUUUCUCCGGUUGCACUGGCCACUCCACUUUGCCAUCGCACUUCUACCACUUACGUAUCGCGAUUACGUAUCCUGUAAAUCUCCCUCUACUUGUAUGAAUUACCCACUGCUUAAUGUUUGUUCCGUUCCGGGCUACGGAGUGGUUAGCACCUUUCAAAUUCUACUUAGCUCGUAAGCCUAAGCGUGUGCGUAAGUAAGUGACUGGGUGGUUUCCGAUCCCAGUUAUCUAUCGUCUCUAUGAUUUUGAGUACUUGCCUGUUCACCGUAGUUAACAUGCUCACCACGCACACAUUUUCCAGUUCUUUUGUUUCUUCGUUGUAGUCGUAGUUUAAGUUCUCGCUAAUUCGUUGUGAUACAAAUUUAAUUAUAUCUUACUUAUGUAUGUAUUUUUAGUAGAAUUGAUAUGAGACAAAAUAUAUACACGAUUCCAAUUGUCGCCACAAAUUA